GGCAAAACCACAUGGCAGCCAAGCACAGAGGACUAUAUCGCGUCAAUGAACGAACGACGAGCUACGAGCAAGUGCGAAGGCGCAAAUACCACCGCUAUGGAUGCCAGGAUAAUACAAGGCGUCGGAGACAGGGUACUCUGACGGAUCGGGGACAGGCGUGAACGUGUAUUUGUUGGGCGACAGGGCCGCAUUAGAUGAGGGAUGUCCAUGCGACGAGAAAUGUGCCGCUCCAUACGCCGCACCCGCUCCCGCACUGGCCAUCCCAGCAGUCGGGGUCGAUGACUUCCUAUCAUGCGUCUGUACCAUCCCUGGCGUCCCCUAUUCACUCGCGAAUAUAUCCGACCCCAACGCCCCUGCCCUCCCAUGCAAAUUAUAAGCAUAUGUCGUGAUCUCCGCUCCAUCUGGUGCGACGCCCCCGGCUUCCCAGUGAGAGCCACCGCGCCAUUAUGCCUCACGACUUUAUCCGGGUCGAAAUUGUUGUCGAAUUCGUCCUUAACUUUUCUUGGCCUCAUGACACCGCCGACGAUGGCACUGGUGUUGGAGGAGGAGCUGGAGGAGGAGCUGGAUCAUCCGGUUAUGAAGGGGAAGAGGAGGUGAAGUUUUCGGCUGCUUGGUCGGCGAGGGUGGAGGCUUGGCUGGAAGGCGAUUCAAAGAAUCACGACGGAAGGGAAGAUAUGCCGAGCGAGAGAAAGGACGAAGAAGGAAGUGAAGGAGGGAAAGAGCAACACGAGAAGAAAGGGGUGAGGUUCGACGAAGUGCGAGUUCGAUGUCGGAAGCCAAAAGGAAGUGAGGAUGAACGAGACGCGACCGACGACCCAAGCCGUACGAACGAAAUCGAAUCUCGAGGAACCGAACAAGGGAACCACCAAAAGCCAGAGAUCGUUCACCCGUCAAAAACAGAGAUCCUUUCUCCACAAACGCGCGAGAUAGACAGAUGUGGCGAUAGGGGCUGGCGAGCCCGUGCUUUGCGGAUGCCUCUGCUCGCCACAACGGCGGUGUACGUACUUUCGUUCGCAUCGGUCGUGAUAGAUGUGCUUGUGACGGAUGCGACCGAGGUCGAGUUGGUUGGAGAUACGGAUGUGCUUGUUUACGGAGAUGAGCAAGCAGGAACAAAACACGAUGAGAAGACGACAAGGUAUACCGGGAGCAGUAAGGAUCGGAGGAAGGAGAAGAAGCUGGAGACGAUGCAGACGGGUCAGAAGCGUUCAAACAAAAAAGAGAAAGGAGAGACAGUUCUAGCAUUCGGAUAUGACGCAGAGCUCGCGAAGAGAAAGUAUUAUGCGGAUAAAGCGUACGAACUGGAAGUUGUGAGCGCCGAGGACGAUGAUGGUCCGCCAGUAGUGCUCGUUAUCGAACUGUUGCUCGAGCUAGCAGUCAUGCUAGCGCUGCUGCUGUUGACAAACGCGGACGAGGCAGAAGACACGAUACGAAAAAGAAAGCGGGCCUAUGCUCUUCCAAGACAGAUCUUGCCGUCGGAGGAAUGGGAGGACAAGACUCAGGAGAUCAUGCGUGAGAGUACGAAAAUCUGCUCUGAGAGUCACUGCGAGAGGCAGAAACUGUGAUAUUAUUACCAUCACAGAGAAGAAUUACCGUAGGACUCUUGUAGAGAUAUAACGUCGAGCUCGG